AAUUACAUCAAAAAUUAUAUAAAAUAAAUUAACAAAACAAGAUUUUGUUUUAUCAAGUACAGAAUAAUUAAUAAAAACACACAAAUAAAAUAGUAACCCUUUUCCAAUUGAGGAAGUAUAAAAUUUGGUUGGUUGAAGUAAGAUAUUUCUUUGGUCCCUAGCUCUCCUUCGGCUCGCCUCCUCCUUCCGGUUGGACAACUUCACCGUUCUUCCACAUCCAUCCACAGCUGAAGCAAAGUAUAAAAUAGUUAACCAAUAAAGCUCAUCAUGUCGUGGUGUACUAUCGAAUCUGAUCCUGGGGUUUUCACUGAGCUAAUACAGCAGAUGCAAGUCAAAGGAGUGCAGGUUGAGGAGUUGUAUACAUUGGACCUUGAUGCUCUCAACGACCUUAGGCCAAUCUAUGGGUUAAUAUUUCUUUUCAAAUGGCGCCCAGAUGAGAAAGAUAACCGUCUUGUGAUUAAGGAUCCCAACCCCAACUUAUUUUUUGCUAGCCAGGUUAUCAAUAAUGCCUGCGCUACCCAAGCAAUCUUGUCAAUCCUUUUGAACAGCCCAGACAUUGACAUUGGCCCAGAACUGUCUCAGUUGAAAGAGUUUACCAAGAACUUCCCGCCGGAGCUUAAAGGUUUAGCCAUCAAUAACAGCGAUUCGAUCCGAGCUGCCCACAACAGUUUUGCAAGACCAGAGCCAUUUGUUGCUGAGGAACAGAGAGCUGCUGGGAAAGAUGACGAUGUUUAUCAUUUCAUCAGCUACAUACCAGUCGAUGGGAUACUGUAUGAGCUUGAUGGACUGAAAGAAGGGCCCAUCAGCCUUGGCCCAUGCCCUAGCGGGCCCAAUGAGGAUUUGGAAUGGUUGCGUUUGGUCCAGCCAGUGAUUCAGGAAAGGAUAGAGAGGUAUUCGAGGAACGAAAUAAGGUUCAAUCUGAUGGCCAUAAUAAAGAACAGGAAAGAAAUGUACACAGCAGAGCUGAAGGAGCUUCAGAGGAAGAGAGAGCGCAUUCUUCAGCAACUGGCAGCUUUGCAAUCUGAGAGGCUUACUGCAGAUAGCAGCAGCAAUGUGGAAACUCUGAAUAAAACAUUAACAGAAGUGAACUCUGGCAUCGAAAUGGCUACUGAGAAGAUACUGGUGGAGGAAGAGAAGUUCAAGACAUGGAAAACAGAAAACAUUCGCAGAAAGCACAACUACAUACCCUUCUUGUUCAACUUUCUCAAGAUUCUUGCUGAAAAGAAGCAAUUGAGGCCUCUUAUAGAGAAGGCCAAACAAAAAGCAAGCAAAUCCUAGUAGGCAUCGAACAAGUAAGUGUAAACACUGACAUGGCUUAACUUUGGACCUCACCAAGGGAUCUUCUUUGCUGCACUAUUAUUAUUACUAUUACUUUGAUCAUCAUCGACUUUUUGUUAAUUAUCCGCGGGAUUCGCUUAAAGCUAUGCUGAUGUUCUUAUUAUUUCCGUUAGAUUGUCUGAAAAAGUUAUAAUUGGGAUUUUGCACCUAAGAGACCUUCGCUGCGGUAGCCUCCUUGCCAUUGUUUGGCUGGAGGAUUUCCAUUGGAGGGUGAAGUUUUUUUUUUUUAAAGUAUUCUUAUUCUUACAUUUG